AUAAAGGAAGCGAGAUGCGCAUAUACAAUCCUGGUAAUGGCCACGUUUUGGAUAACAGAAGUCAUCCCACUUCCGGCUACGGCCCUCAUCCCGCUGAUAUUUUACCCCUUUUUGGGGGUCAUGCCCGGGAAGGAUGUUGCCAAGUAUUAUAUGCAGGACUCGACGAUGAUAUUCAUAGCCGGGCUGAUGAUGGCAUUGGCUAUCGAAAAGGUCGACCUGCACAAACGUGUGGCCACUGGGAUUCUCCUAAAAAUCGGAGCCACGCCCACUAAGAUUUUGAUCGGAUUCGUAAUCCCAGCCUGGUUUCUAUCAAUGUGGAUCAGUAACACGGCGGCCACUUCGAUGCUUGUGCCUGCAGUUGAAGCCGUGUCCGGACAGAUGAGACUCGGGAUGAAGAAGUCCAAGAUCGCCCGGUUCGAUAUCUUCAUAAACCACUACAAGUUUGAUGACAAUUUGGGCUCUACAUUUCACGUUGAUGAUACGACCGACACCAAAGUCACCACAACAAUCAACCCAAUAACGAAUGAGUUAGACUCCAUAGAGCUAGACCCGAAAGAUGAAAAAAAGCUGAAAAAUUUGUCGAAAAUGCUCUGCUUAGCUAUAGCUUAUUCAGCUAAUAUCGGUGGGACGGCCACUCUAACUGGUUCGCCGACCAAUUUGCUCGUCUCAGAAGCCGCUGCUAGGUCCGUCUUUAAUAUGCAAUCCCCAUUAACUUAUUCAACCUGGUUGUUCAUGGGCUUCCCCGUCUCGCUGCUCUGCAUUAUUGCUCUGGCUUUCUGGCUGAAACUUGUGUUUCUUGGAUGGAGGUUUGUUUGUUCGAUCGUCUGUUUGUAUCAAGAGAGAGCUUUGAAAAAAAUUAUGAGGGCAGAGUAUGAGAAACUCGGAAAGAUUACAUUUGGCGAAAUUUCAACGGCGGUUCUCUUACUGGUAAUGGUUUUGCUAUGGCUGACAAGAGAUCCGGGGUUCAUACCUGGCUAUGCGAGCCUAUUCAAAGACGGUUACGUCACAGAUGCCUCACCCGCCAUUAUCAUCGUCGUCCUUCUCUUCAUGUACCCAAUGGAGAAACCAAGAUGGCUGUGCAUGAGGGCUAGGGAUGAGCCAGCCCUGUCAGUACCUUCGUUAUUGGAUUGGCAUACCGUAACGACAAAACUGCCAUGGGGUCCCAUUUUGCUUCUUGGUGGGGGGUACGCUAUGGCCGAGGGCUGCGAGAGAUCCGGAUUAACAAAACUGAUAGGGCAGCAGUUGAGUGGGAUUGGGAGUUACGAGCCCUGGAUCAUCGCCCUUAUCGUCACCACCAUCAUCACCUUUCUGACGGAAAUCAUGUCAAACACGGCCAUCAUCGCUCUAUUCCUUCCAAUUCUUGAAGCUAUGUCACGCGAUAUAAACCUCAACCCGUUGUAUCUGAUGUUGCCGGCCGGAUUGGCAGCUUCCUUCGCCUUCAUGCUGCCCAUAGCCACGCCCCCUAACGCUAUCGUCUUUUCUUUCGGCCAUCUCAAAGUACCGGAUAUGAUGAAAAUGGGAUUCAUAAUGAACAUUAUUGGGAUAGCAGUGGUCACAAUGGCCAUCAACACAUGGGGGAUUCCUCUCUUCAACCUCCAUCAAUCUCCAUGGAAUGCUACAAUUUCAUCAAAUAUAACCUCUGGUUAA